UGGUGAGCCACGCCGAAAGAAAGGAACAAUUCGGCGAGAUUCCGCGGGAGGAAAACGACUAUAUCGUACGCUUCAGAAGGUGAUUAUUGCAAGACGCGUGCUAUUCACCCGAGCGACUCGAAGAGAGAAAUGACCCGAGCGAUAGCCAAUCCGCUUGCCGCUUUCUCGGAAACAACUAACUCGCUAUGGCGUACUGAUUGGCGCAUCGAUUAACGUUUCGUGUGCAUCAGCCGUAAGAAUUCUACAGUUCGGUGACGAACAACAAUCGUGCACGUGUAUUCCACGCGGCACGGCGGUACCGAAUAAUCGAGGUGGAAAAGAUGAGUCGGGCCAGAGGAAAAUUUGCUUUUUAGCUGGCACUUUUUACAUUCGCACGCGAGUGUCGGUAUCCCCAUGAGACGUGAUGCGUUCGAGUUUAACGAUAAACACAGCACGACAGCAUGGAAGAGAAGCCGACACCCACGAGGAAAAGGCUGAAUUACGAAAACAAGCUUAUCCUGGCGCCAAUGGUGCGUAUCGGCACGCUUCCGAUGCGUCUGCUGGCACUGGAUUAUGGCGCGGAUAUAGUGUACACCGAGGAAUUGGUCGAUCGGAAGUUGCUUCGUUCGAUUCGCCGAGAGAACGAUGUUCUAGGCACCAUCGAUUACAUCGACAAUACGGAUGGCACCGUAGCGUUUCGUACUUGUCCUCGCGAGCGAGACAAUGUGGUUCUCCAGAUCGGUACGUCAGAUCCGGCAAGGGCAGCCCAGGUCGCCAGAAUGGUAGAGAAGGACGUCGCAGGCAUCGACGUUAAUAUGGGCUGUCCCAAGAACUUCUCGAUAGUUGGGGGAAUGGGUGCUGCUCUUCUAUCCAAGCCACAGCAAGCAUCCAGCAUCUUGAGGGAGCUGAUUGAAACUGUGUCCAUACCGGUCACUUGUAAGAUACGCGUUUUGCCUGAUCUGAAGGAAACUCUUCAACUUUGUGACACCCUCACUUCUACUGGUAUCGAGGCAAUUGCAGUGCAUGGUCGCACGAUCAAUGAAGGGCCGCAACACUCAAAUCGCAAUCAUGUUCUCAAGCAGAUCUCCGAGAGACUGCCGAUACCGAUGAUCGCGAAUGGUGGAUCCAAAGAUAUACAGAAUCAUUCCGAUAUACUCAGGUUUAAAAAAGAAACCGGUAGCAGCAGCGUGAUGGUCGCUCGUGCAGCCGAAUGGAACUGCUCGGUAUUUCGUAAGGAAGGUCCGCUCCCGAUGGAUGAUGUGAUAAAAUCAUAUUUAAAAUAUGCCGUCGAUUGCGACAAUCCUCCUUCUAAUACGAAAUAUUGUGUACAGAAUAUAUUGAGGGAGCUACAGGACUCCAUUUUGGGCAAAAAGUUCCUCAAUGCGCAAACGUUGGAACAAAUAUGCGAAUUAUGGGAAUUGGGUGAUUAUUGCCGAUCCAAGAUGAAGGAAUUCCAAGAUAAGGGUCUGCUGGGUCGAUUUCAAGUAUCUCCGGAUAUGCUCGAUGAGGACACGAAGGACGACUGCAUUUCUCAGAAGAGAAAAAUUCACGAAGAGGAAGACGUUGCUAUGAUGCGUUUUGCCUUUUUGAGAAGUAAUUACACGAGAGACGAGGAGUUGCCAAAAACCAGGUUACUCAAGUGGACCAAGGAUCAGCAUAAAAAGAUGCCAGUAUACGACACUCGGCGAAAUGAAAAACUUUUCUGUUCCAUAGUCACCGUUGAUGGCAGGAAAUACGGCUCUUCUUUUUGGGAGAAGAAUAAAAAAUGGGCCGAACAAGGUGCCGCUUUGGUAUGUCUAUACUUUUUAGAGAUUAUUGACGAAAAGAGUCUUACCACUAGCGGUAACGUUCUUUCGCGAUGAUAUCCGAUUUAUUCGACCUAUCUGAUGUCGACGCAAACAUCGAAAUGUCUGUAAAUAUCAUUUUUCGAAUAAAAAUCGUUUUUGUUUGUA